AUGGAAAACGAUCAAUGGUCAAGUGGGCCAUGAAUAUGCCAAACCGGGACUUUGAUAGAGUUUAUGGUGGUGGAAGGCAAUGUGUUGCGAGUUCGAAUUUAGUCUUGGAAAUAUCAAAAAUGGCAUCCUUCUUGCACAAGAUGCAUACGGAAACUAUGUUGUACAGUACAUUCUUGAGUUGCAGAUUCCAUUGGCUGUGUCGAAGCUGACCUCUCAGUUUAAGGGUAACUAUGUGCACCUUGCCACCCAAAAGUUUAGUAGCCAUGUGGUCGAGAAAUGUUUAGCCAUGUUAGAUGCUCAAAUCAGGUCAACCAUCAUCCGUGAACUGAUCUCGGCUACUCAGUUUGAACAAUUGCUUCAAGAUCCACAUGCAAAUUAUGUUAUACAAACCGCCCUUCGUGUUUCUAAGGUCCAUUGUUUUCGUUCAUCUAUGAAGCUGCUGCAAAAUUCUGUGUUGAAAUAG